ACGAGGAAGACUUGACAGAGAUGAGACCAGCGGGGCAAACCCAAGCAAAGCUCAAAUAGGACUCAGCUUCCUAUCGAAUGCUCAGGUUGAGCGGCUACUAAAAAAAAAUUAGGAGAGAUGGAAGAAUUUUUGCAGCAUACUAAGUCCAUUCUGAUUAAAAGAAAUGAGCUACCCAGAGUUCAUGCUGUACUUGGCGACAGAGAAUGUGGUCUGGACUCUGCUGUUUCAACCUUAGUCUACGCUUACUUCCUUUAUAAGACCCAUCCAACAGAUCAUCUUUAUGUGCCAGUGCUGAAUAUAGAAAAAUCAGAAUUUCCACUUCGCAGUGAAGUUGUUUCCAUUUUACAACAGCUGAAUAUCUCUGAAUCUUCUUUAAUAUGCAGAGAUGAUAUUGACCUCCACAUGUUGAACAGGGAAGGGAAACUGGCUUUAACACUUGUUGAUCAUAAUCGGCUGACAAGUGAUGACAAAGCACUUGAUACAGCUGUUGUCAAAAUAAUUGACUAUCAUGAACAAGAGCGAAUACAUUAUGAUCAUUGUGAAAUUGUUCUGGAGCCAGUGGGAUCCUGUAUCACACUAAUAGUUUCUGAAAUUCUCCAAGGAGCUCCAGAUCUGCUAAACCAGCAUUUAGCACAUCUUCUGAAAGGUGUAAUAAAAUUAGACUGCAUGAACAUUACUUCUGAAGCUGGAAGAACAACACUAAAAGAUAAAGAAAUGAUCGCUGCUCUGGAACAGAGGUUUCCUGACCCUCCUGCGCAUCAAGAGUUUUUUGAUGCUUUGCAACAAGCAAAACUUGAUGUUUCUGGUUUAACUACUGAACAGAUUUUGCUAAAAGAUCUAAAGGAAUUGUCGGAAGGAGAUACAAAGCUCGCUAUUAGUACUGUGUACAUGACCCUCGAGGAUUUCCUAUCGCGGCCAAAUCUUAUUGAAGAUUUCAAAAAUUUUAAUGGAAGGUAUGGUUAUGAUAUUCUUGUCUUACUGACCAUAUUCUUUGGUGAAGGAGGUGAAGCAACUCGACAACUUGCCAUCUACACUGACAAUGAUGAACUAAGCAACAGGAUAUGUAACACUUUAGAAGAAUGUCAGAAUCCUUGUCUCCAGCUGGAGCCAAUAGAAUAUGGGUUCCAGGAAAUCAAAGCAUAUCAACAAGGAAGUUCUUCAGAUUCAUGCAAGCAAAUACUUCCAAUUAUAAAAGACUGUAUCCAUAGAAGACAGCAAGGAAUAGUGAUGAACAGGAGAACUUCCUCCACUGAAGCUGUUAAUGGCAGUGCUCCAGUUUCAGAAGGAUCAUCUGGGGUUCUGGACUUAUCUGGUCCUGAUGUGGAUUCUCAAAACACUGAAUAUAUUGGUGACAACCUAUUGGAAAAUUCUCAAAAUAUGAGCUCUUCCUUACAAGCCCAUGGUGAUGGAAAUUUAGACCUUAUGAGUCCAGACAGUGGACUAGCUACCAUCAGAAGCAACCGUUCUUCCAAAGAAAGUUCAGUGUUUCUCAGUGAUGAAAGCCCAAUUCGAGAAGCAAUUGUACCACCAUCCAAUGCUGCACAUGGGUAUGACUUGUUCAGUUCACUGCCUGAAGGUGAAUUACUAGAAAAACAUAUACCAUCAGUUGUUAAUUUGAAUAAUAAUUUUGAUCUAUCUGUCCUUGAUCCAAUACACUGCAAUAACAUCCAAGCUGAGUAUUCAGGAGAAAAUGAAGAGUUUAUGUCUACUGGUUUGCCAAACACAGAAUCUAUUCCUCCAAAAGGUUAUUUUGUGAAAUCAGCCACAUUGAAUAAUAAUUCACUAGACUUCACUACAGAUAUAUCAAAGGAGGUUAGUAAAAUAACUGAAUUGGUGAAGACAGAGGAUAUUCAUGUUUACAAACAAGGCAAUGCUAGAGAAGAGCCAGAAGAAGAUCAAAUGUUGCAACAUGUAGUGGGUGAUACUUCAAUAUCGAAAAGCCUGUCCAGUGAUGUUCUUGGAGUGGACAUUUUAGAUGAGAAGGUUCCCCCAACACCAAUGAACAGUCUUGUGGAAGGAUCACCUCUAGAUGAGGGUCCACAUAAUAUUUUUGCAGAAGAUGUAAUACAAAAAAUGAAUGGAAUUGUUACAGUGCAUUCUGAGCAGUUAGAUUCAAAGUGUAUUGGACAACAGAAUGAAUUCGAAGUAGGUAUGAAGAUAGUAAUGGAAAAACCGGAUGCUGCCUGGGACAGAAAUCAAAAAACAUUGAAUACACAUAUUCAAUCUUCUGAUCUUUGGGCAGACUUUGAACAAGAAUUCAGUAAUUCUAACUUUGAACAGGAUGAUGUUAGGAAUGAAAUUGAUAUCAAGUGUAAGCAAUCAACUGUGAAUAAUACUGAUAAUAUAUGGAAUAUGACUGGUCAAUCCAUUUUCCUAUCUUCUGCCAAACCGGAGACAUGUGAUGAAUUACAUAAAACUCAUUUGAAAGAAACUGCUGAGUCUAGCUUCAAUAACUUUGAUACACACUGCAAAUCUGGAAAUAAGUCAUUAUUAGCGGACAAAUCUAUACAUAUUACUAAUUUACCAAGACAAGAGAACAAACAACAUUUUGUAGAUAUUCAGGAUAUAGAUACUGAACAGAAACAAACUAUGUCAGCUGUAGAAAGUACAUUUAUUUGGGAUAAAUUUACACAAGAGGUUAUUAGACCUGCUGAAAUAUCCCCAGAGUUAUCAAUGGAUUCUGAAGAGAAAGUCCAACAUCCAGACACUGAAAAUUUAGAUUUCAACAUAGAGCCCACUCAAAAAAUACCUCUUUCAUCACAAAUGCCAACAACAUUAUAUGAUCCUGUACAAAUUCACUUUCCAUUUGCUGAAAAUGUAUCAACAGAGACUAAAUCUAAUGAUGAAAUUGACCAAACAACUGAUGAAAUUUUAAAUGCAUGGACAUCCAAUCAGGAAUUUGCGAAUUCGAGUUCUGGGAAUGAAAAGAUGCACUUGGCAGAAUACGAUAAAAACAGCCAAAUAACUUCACAUAGACAUGAUGUAAAUACUGAUUCUGAAAAUCCAGAUGAACAAUUACCUUUGGAGAAGAACUUUGAAGCAUGGAAUAUUUCUCAGGAUGGUCUCAAACAGUCACCAACAGCAAAUAUGAAUCCGUGGAGCAGUCAAAUAGACAGUAUUAACCAUGUACUAAAGAGUGAAUCUCCUCUGUCAGUAGUUAAUACCAAUAAUAUCCAAGGAACUGAGCUAUUACAAGAAGCACAUCAAAAUAAUAAUAGCCACAGUCAAGCAGUAUUUGAAACUAUAGGUAUACCAAACACGGAAGAAUGGGAAUUAACAUCACCAUAUAAUCCUGAUAUAUGUAAUAAAUUUGAACAGAGCUACCAUUCAUCUUCUGAGAGUCUGGAGGAAAGUGGUGAACAUAAUGAGGGUGUGGGUCAGGAAACUGCAGAAUUUCUAAAUAAAACUUCAGUUCAACAAGUUAGAUACUCUGCAGCUGAAAAUCCAUCUAUAACAAAUACAAAUAUGCAAGAGGGCAGUGAGUUCCCUACAGAAAUGCAUCAUCCGUGCAAUAUUUUGGAACAGCCUCGAAAUGAAUCAACAGAUACAAGUCAAGAUAUACUUUUCAAAUUACAGGAAAUCACUCAACCAAAGACAGACUGCUCUGAUUUGUGCCAAGCUUAUAAAAUGGAAGACAGGUUAUCAGGCUAUGAAAAUAAUGAAUUAUUCGGUUCUGUUGGCCUCGAGUUGGUGAAAUCAGAAAAUGAACAAAUUUUGGCAAGUCCUAAUAAUUGGAAUCAGCUCGAACAAGAGCAUACAGAACUGAACUGGAAAAGUUCAAAUUUGCAGUGCAAAUCUGGUGAGGAUUUUUCUUAUUCUGACCCAGAAGAAAAAUGGAAAGAAUCUACACACAAAGCAAAACAGCCAGUGUUUAAUCUUUGUGAUAUACAUGGUGACAUUGAUCAGGACAGCUGGCUGUCAAGCUCUGAAAUGCUGCAAACCCAUUUAGCAGCUAUUGAUGCCAAAAGUAAACCUUUAGAAGAAGGAAAACUGCAAAUGAGGAAAAAUUCUGAACUCCGUAAAGAUUCUGAUUAUGAGUUUAUUCAACCAUGUGCGGAUCUUGACAUUUUGAACACAACUGAACAAGAGCAACCAAAAGAUGCAGAUUCUAAGAAACUUGUAGAAGGUGAGCGGAAUCGAUCCUUCAGCGAAAUUCAUGACACUUGGACGGACCAUUGUUAUAAAUUUCCUGAAGUACUUUCUGCUGGGAGUGAUGUUUACAGUGGAUCUGAACAGGUGCUAAUUGAAGCAGGUGGAAACUUUCCUGAUAUUGUGAACAAUUAUUGCCACAAUACAUGCCAGUCUUCUUCAGCUAAACCUGAUCUAUGGGAUAAUUCCAGUAAAUUGUUUCUUGGUUCAACUUCAAUAAAUCCUGAUAUUUUAAAUGACUAUGAACUAGAAUCUAGCCACUCAGCUUCAAACAGUCCGGACAGGUGGAGUGAGUCUGUUGAAGCAGACAAACAAGAUUCUGGUAGUUCAGAUACAUGGGUUGAUUCAGAAGAAAAAAAUGAAGAACUUGUGAUUAAGUUGCCUGAUUUCAUGAACACUUCCAGAGAACCAUCUUGCAUAUCGAUCUUAUGUGAUCCUCCUUCAUGUGAGUCACCUGAACAGAAUUUUCUGUAUUCAUAUCAAAAUGCGCAUGAUGUAUUAAUACAGCAGGAAAGCCAUAUGCAUUUGAUGGAUGUGGAUUCAAAAGUUCAAUUAGAACAAUUAGGUAAGGUAACAGAAUCAACACCUGCUGAUGUAUGCACUGAGACAAAACAAUAUUUUAACACAGUUGAAAAAAGAUCUGAUGAAAGUAAAGAUCUGAACAUUUUAGACAGUGUUAAUAUUGAAUCUUUGCAAGGUGCAAAACAAAUUUAUGUAGAUCCUGAUGUUUGGAUUCAUUUGGGAGAACAAGUUUCUGAAUCAAAUGUAAAAGGUCAGAAUUCACAAGAUAAUUACAAAGGGGUGGUAAGUUAUUAUGAUUUGGAAGAUGCUGAAUUUACAAGUCAUAGAAACCAUGUGGUGAACCAAAAAAAUCUAGAAAAUCCUAACAUGUGGAAUCAAGUUGAAGAGCUUUCUGAUGGUGCAGUGGGUGCACUGUCCUACCCAUGGACAGAGAAUGAGCAGUUUCAAACAUCGGGUUCUGAAAAUAAUGCAUUGUGUCACUUAACAAAAGAUGAAACUGAAUUUGUAACUCUGGGUGAGAGAAUAACUUUAUUUCAAGAAGAACAAGGUAUUUCAAAAGAAAGUCCAUCAACUUUAGAGAUAAUCAAUAAUUUGCACAGUACGAAUGACAAGAAAAAGGAAAUUGAACCCUUUUUUUCAAAAUCUAAGUCUGCUGAGGACUAUUUUACUUCUGACUUGGACAGUCAGGAGGUUACUUUGCAUAAUUCAGAAGUGAUGGAAUAUUUCUCAGUGUCAGAAGAAAAUCUUUUGCAUAUGGAACCACUGAAAGAUGUUUCUAUAGUAGGAACAAUGGAUUCUAAUUUAUGUAAUACAAUUUCAUCUGUAAGCAGCAGCACUUCCAAAGCCAUAAAUGAUGAGUUUGUCCUCCGAGAGGAAAUUAUAUCUAGUGAUGAGGAUCCCCUUGUAAGUCAUUCUGAGUUCCAGUCUUGCAAUAGCAACACUGAUUCAAACAAGUUUAAAGGGAAUGUAACAUUUACCCAUGAAAUUCUGGAAACAAUUUCAUCACCUAGCAUUUGUGAAUCUGCAGGGCAGUCAGAUUCUUUAAAAAAUUCAACUGAAAGUGUAAAAGACACUAAGAUAUUUCCACCAGCAGAUGGUACAUCAGCACCUUCUAUCACUGAGCUAUCAAACCAACAAAAUUUAGAAACUAAAUGUUUAACACAUAAUGUGGAAAGUGCAUGGGUUUCAUUUGAAAAUACUGAUAGUAGUAGCAGCAAUGUGACAUCUUCUAGUUUAUCAUCCAGUGUCCAAAAAUCAGAUUUUUGGGAAGACCUCAGUCCUGUGGAUGGUACUAUAAUUGACGCUGAAGGGAUUUCUCAUCUCACUGUUUCAGAGAGCAUUGUUGCAACAGACAGGAUAAAAGGAAGUGAAUCAAGAGUGGAAAUUGCAGAGGGUUUGAUAGAGUUCUGCAACAGAGGAAAUGAUCUGCUCUCUGAGCAAAGGUUUGGCAAUCAGUACAGCUUGGUUUCUUCAGUCAGCUCACCAGCAGCCCCAAAUGAGAUUUGUAGCAGUUCAACAGAAGUUCAAUAUUUGGCUAAACACCGUACCAAGGAAAAUACAAGUGAAUUGCAUAGCCAAGACACUGGACUAACUUCAAACAAGGAUGGCAGUGCAGGAGAAAUAGAUUAUAUCACUUUAUCUGAGCAAGAGAGACCUUGUGAAAAAACAGUGGGCAUGCAAGAGAACAAAAACUUGGAGGUGGAAGACGUAACUUCAAUGACUGCAAAAAUAGAAGACAUGCCUUCAAUGUUUGAAUCAGUUCAACAAACACUCACAGGAAAUGAAUCCAGUGAAGUUGAGAAAUUUUCCUCUGAAACUCAUUCUGCAUACGAUACCUCAGAUGACCUCUUUGUGACAAGCAAUGGUCAGGACCUAGGAGAAACAGAUUUAGAAGAAAAAAUAAAUGAACAGCAACAAAUUGAAGGAAAAAUGGGUGCAAAUGAUCAAGAUGCCUCAUCAGAUGAAAGUCCUAGUAGGACAGAAUUGAGUAUAUCUGGUUCAGAGAAUUCUGUUAAAGAACUGAAAGCAGUCAGACCUGUAAAUGAUGAGACGUGUAGAGAACAAUCUGAAGAAUCUAAGAGUGAGCAUGAUAUAAUAUGUCAAAUGUCAUUAGAAACAAAUCUCACAAAUCAUUCCAAUAAGACAAUAUUCACAGAUGAUCUAAGCAAUGUGGAAAGUGAGAGAACUGUGUCUCAGCUCUCUUCAGGAUAUGACAAAUUUUCAUCUGAAAAUUUACAGGAAGGUCCAAAAUUGCCAGAACAGGUUUACCCAGAAUCAUAUGGAAAUCAACCUAAAGCAGAAGUGAUUUUGGCUGAUAAGAGUGAAUCAACUGAAAUAAGAUCAGUGACAGAGGAUGUGGGAAUGGACAUCCCCUUUGAUGAGGGUGGGCUAAGUCCCUUAGCAGAAGAAAGCAGACCUGAACCACCAAAUUCCCUGGAUCUCAAUGGAACACACCCUGGGAAGAAAAAGCUUAUAGCUCCUGAAAUCAGCCUUUCACUUGACCAAAGUGAAGGCUCAGUUCUUUCUGAUGAUAACCUUGAUACUCCCGAAGAUCUUGACAUCAAUGUAGAUGAUCUUGAGACUCCCGAUGAAGCAGAUUCGCUUGAAUACUCAGGGCAGGGUAAUGAACUGGAGUGGGAAGAUGAAACACCAAGCACAGUCAAUAUGGGAAGAGAAGUGGCAGAACCUAUACCAGAAUAUACAGCUGAAGAGGAACGCACUGAUAACCGGUUAUGGCGAACUGUUGUCAUUGGGGAACAGGAACACAGGAUUGACAUGAAAGCUAUUGAACCUUACAGAAAAGUUGUCUCUCAUGGGGGAUACUAUAGUGAUGGGCUUAAUGCUAUCAUUGUGUUUGCUGCAUGCUUCCUGCCAGAGAGCAGCAGACCAGACUAUAACUAUAUCAUGGAGAACCUCUUUUUGUAUGUGAUAAGUACUUUAGAGCUCUUGGUAGCUGAGGAUUACAUGAUCAUUUAUCUGAAUGGAGCCACUCCACGAAGAAAGAUGCCAGGUUUUAAUUGGAUGAAAAAGUGCUAUCAAAUGAUUGACAGAAGGUUGAGGAAGAAUUUGAAAUCAUUUAUAAUUGUGCACCCAUCAUGGUUUAUCAGGACAAUACUUGCUGUGACUCGGCCUUUUAUUAGUUCAAAGUUCAGCAGUAAGAUAAAGUAUGUCAGUUGCCUGGCUGAGCUGGAGGAGCUGAUCCCCAUGCAACAUGUUCAGAUACCAGACACUAUAAGAAAGUAUGAAGAAGAAAAGUGUAUAAAAAGAAGGAUGAGAUUAGAUGAAGAACUAAAAGAAGCAUCGGACACAACAAACAGGUUGUCGAUUGAAUCAGAAGCAUCUUCGGAUGAACAAGUAGCUGAAACAACAGUUGAUAAACAUCCGGAGUAACCAGCUGAACAUGGAAUCACAAACACCACAUACGUAUAUUUUUCUUUCUAACUAACAACAGCAACUCCUUCAUCACAUCCUGAUUUACCUUUUUACAUAUUGCUUAUUCAUAUUUAUGAAGUGUUAUCCGUGAGACAUAAGUUGAGACUAAGAGUUGUGCCUGUGAAUAAAAUGUCAUAAAGAAUAUUGUGAUAAGUGGCAAUAAUAUGCAUCUACUUAAAUGUUUAUUUCAAAGUAAUUGUAUAUUUAAAAAGAACACCUUAGCAUUGCCAUAUUAAAAAGAAACUUACGAUGCCAAACUAAAGAGUAGUGCCUCUUUUCAUCUGACUGCCCCACUCCACCAGCCUGCCUAACAACUCCCACAUCACUGGCUUUCCCAGUGAGCAUCAUUUGCCAUUUCAUCCUUUUGCAUGAGAUCACAGGCUAGAGGAUGCCUGUGUUAUAGUUAGAGAUAUUUCACUCUUGAAGGGUAUAAUUGAAGAGCUGUUUAUUUUAGAACUAUAAAACAUUUACAUGAAAUCUUUGAAAGCCAAUAUAGACAUUUGCUUGACAAUCUCCUGAAAUUAGACCAUAUAAGAUGCAUUUUAGGAAUUUUGUCAUGCUAUCUUGUAUAUAUCUUUAGAAUUGUUUGUGUAAUAGUUAAUGGGGGUGAUUUAUUUUCAUCUGAUUACUUUGAAGCAUAUUGGAAACUUAUUCCUAUCAAAAUACUUUACAGCAUAGUUAUUUGCAAAACAUUAAAAAAAAUAAGUUUCAUGGCCACUUUCAGCUACCUACUUUAUCUGAGAGAUUGGAGUCAUCGGUAUCUCAGCAUUAUCAUACUAUAUCCUAUUCACUUGUGUCUUCUGGCCCUUGUUAUUCUGUAUCUCUACAAAGACAACUGGUGAACUGGAAUUUAAUCAAAGGGACAGUUAGAAAGGCAACUCGUGAUUACACAACCUUAAAACUAGCAAAUCCAUGAAAUUAUAUUCAUUUGAACUAGCAAUUUUUCAAAUCACGGGCAAUCUUCAUUUUGGAUUAAGUACAUUCUUCUGAAUGUACUGUAAUUAAAAUAGCUAAUCCUAAACAUAACUCAUUCAAUGCAUGACAAUUUGAUGAUUUUGUUCCGACUAAUUUAAUGUAGUCCAAAAAACAAAAAGUAUUUUCUUUUUGAUUUUUUUUUGUUGCCAGCUUACUGUUCAAAUUCAUCACCUUGCUUUCAUUGCUUGGUCAGAUCCUGUUACUCUAGCUUAAUGCACUGUUGAAGAAUGCUCUCCACUUGGACAACUGCGGUUAAAGCAAGAGUCAUAUGCUUAUUCCAGCAAACUAGGCUUGGCAGUAAGUGUUCACGGUAUCGGUGAUGCUCACAUCUUGGAGUGUAAGCAUCCUUUUUCUGACCUGUUAUCCUUGAGAUUUCUGCAAAUAAAAAUCAAACUGUUAUUUCAAAGAAUGUUUCUAGUUAGUUGAGGACACAAAAUACAGUAUAUUUGAGAUUGCCAAACCUAACACAUUUAAUUUUUGUGGUAAUGUUGAGAUAUCCAAAUUGAAUACCAUUUCUUUACUGGCGAUUUUCAGCUUCACCAAUCCCUACAAAUACAGUAGUUUUGGGCAUUUAUCAUUGCUAGUUUAUAAUCUUUUUGUCCCAAUGUAUUGCUAGAUCUAUUGGCCUGCUUUUAAUCAAGUUUACUAAGGGAAAAAAAUUAAUUGCACAAUAACCAAUAGCAAAGCUAAUAAUGGUAUAAUUAACUAAUCACUGUUAGGUAGGCACAAAUUUAGGAAUUCUUCAAUGGUUGAGUUUAUUGCUUGUGGGAAAGCUUUCAACGGGAAUGUGAAAUAAUUAAUACAGUAGGGUUAGGUGUAGUUGAUUUAAAGAGCAAAAUGUGCUACUUUUUCAUCAUAAUUGUACCUUCUAUAAAAUAGGUUACAACUGAUAGCAUGCUUUGUAAACCAGGACAGCAUUUACUGUCAUACACACUUGGUGAGUGGUAUUUGGAAAGGUUCUUUCAUGUCAAAUAUGGUAUUUUUUACAGCUUUUGCUUUAUUUAUUCCAUAAGUGAAAGUGAUACCUGUAUAAUGACAUUAAACAAUUAAAAUACGAUCUCUCUCAGUAAAUUAGAACCAUUUCUUCCCUUGAGAGAAGUAGGUUGCAGUUAAUAUUGUUACCAAUGUAGAGCAAAAUCAUGUCCUGAAAAUAUUAGAGACUACAGAGCAGAUUACUUUUUUUUAAAUCUGUUACUCGGAUGUCACCUCUGAAAACUCAUACAAUGGCAUUUUACUAAUCAUUUUGUAUGACCCACCAUUGUCUUUCCAUUUCCACGACAGUAUGAUUCAGGUGGACAAUUCACCUGCACAUUGAUUCAUUUGAUUUAAGAUUUUCUUAGCAAAUUAAACACUCUCCCUUAAGAUUUAUGUGAUUCUCUUCUACCAGUCAAAAUAUUCUAAAAGUUCUUGUGUUAGAGAGCCAUUGUACUCUAGGAAGGAUUACAAUUAAAUAUGUGUUUGAUUUAAUUGUUUUCAAUUUGAAAUAUUUUAAUUUAAUCAACUUCCAUGACUAUUUCAUUUGCCAAUUGUAUGGCUAGAGCCUCUCUUCUCAAAUGCAUUUACUGUAUUUCAAAACCUGCCCUCACUAUUGUAUCUACAGACCUCCAGGAUUGUUUUUUUAAAUCAGAUCUCUGAGAUAUUCUUGUAAUUAAACUUCAUGGGCAAGCUUCCUGCACCUUUCCCUUUACAAGCAAUCUGUUUGAUUGGUAAAAAUCUACAAAACAAUUCUUGGUUACUUACAGAAUUUGCUUCUAAUGGAAUCCAAUAUAUGUUUUGAAAAGUAAAAUGGAGUUCCGGUUUUCUCUAGCUAAAUUCUUACAUGUUUAAGACCAUUAGAUUAUUGCAAAACAUAGCAGAAUUUUUAAAAUUCUAUCAUAAUAGUAAUAUUCAAUCUGACCUUAGAUUUUGUUAUAAAAUCCGCUGAAGUUUGCAACAACAGUCAACUUGGAUAUUACCUAUAAUGUGUCCCAUUGUAUUUUAUUUAUGUUUCAAAUUGUCUAAGUGAGUUACACUGUCAUUCUGUACAAAUGACUUGGCAAUUUUAAUCAAUAAACUUUAUCUAUCGUGUUUGCAAAAAUGACGAAGCUGUUUCAGAAUGGAAAAUAAUUCCUCUAUGACAAGUGACUUAACAUUCUCAUUCUUUUUGUGCCAUGUUUGUGGCACAGAAUUCAGAAUGGUGCAGGUUAGUAAUGAUCAAUAUAAGCAUGAUUCUUUCUUAAGCUAGAUAUCUUUGUUAUGUGACAUAGAGAUGUCUCAAUCUAAAAAUGCUGUUUUUCCAUUGUUGGAAACAUGUCGAACUUUAAAGAUGCCCAUCAGAUAAGAGAAUAUGUCCAAACUUGGCGGUGGCUACAGUUUCAUUGGACGAAAUAACAACACGUUAUUUGUAGCUAUAUUUCCUACAUUGUCCUACAGCCACUGUCAACCAAGGACGUCUGUUAUAGUUGUACUUAAGCAGUCGUACUUUGAAAAAUCAAUGGCAAGGUGAUCCUUUAUGUAAAGAAAUUGUGAAACUACAUGUCCUUAAAAAGAAUGAUAAUUUGCACUAUUAAAUGUUGUGCU